AUGCAAGCAACCGAUAGUGGUUUCUACUUUGCAGUUGAUUCUGAUGAUGAUUCUAGGUUGAAAAAUGUGUUUUGGAUUGAUGCAAGAAGUAGGGCAUCGUUUGAAAGUUUUGGGGAUGUCGUGACAUUUGAUACGACAUACUUGACUAACAAAUACGGUAUGCCAUUUGCUCCGUUUGUGGGAGUGAACCACCAUGGAUGGCAAAGUCUACUAGAUAGUUAUGACCUUAAGGACCAUGAUUGGUUGCGCCGGUUAUAUAAUGAGCGGACUUUUUGGGUACCGGCAUAUCUGAAAGGUGUGUUUUGGGCUGGUAUGAGAAGUACACAGCGGAGUGAAAGUAUGAAUGCCUUUUUCGAUGGCUAUGUGCGUCCGUCUACCACUUUGAAGCAAUUUGUUGACCAAUAUGAUCUUGCUUUGCGGAAGAAGGUUGAGAAUGAGAGUCUUGCAGAUUUCAAGUCUUUUAAUACUAAGCUUCCAUGUGUAACCUUCUAUCCUUUUGAGGAAAAAUUUGAAAAAGUUUACACCAUUACCAAAUUCAAAGAAGUUCAGCAUGAGAUAAUAAGCAGAAUUUAUUGUACUAUCUCCCUUUUGACUAAAGAGGGUGCAAUUUGCACCUACCAAGUGACUGAACAGGUAAAAGUUCAAAAUGAAGUAGUUGAAGAUGCAUACGUGAAAGUAGUACCAUAUGUUGUCUACUUCAAUGAAGAUGGAGAUGAAUUUGAAGUAAAAUGCACAUGUGACUCCUUUGACUCAAGAGGCAUCUUAUGCAGACACAUCUUUGCUCUAUUGUGUGCACAUAACAUUACAUCUUUGCCCCCCAAAUAUUAUCUUGACCGUUGGAGGAAGGAUGUGAAGCGAAGAUAUACUUUAAUUAAAUGUGGUUUUGAUGCUUUGAGUGCUAACCCCGAAGUACAAAGAUAUGACAGCUUGUGCAAAGGUAUGCAUACAUUAGCAGAGGUCGCUGCAAGAAACGUGGAUCACUACACAAAAGUUUGGAUGCAUAUUGAUAUGUUGACCAAGGAAUUACGUGCUUCAAGUUGUGAACCCAAUCCACCUUCUCUUGCACUUCCAGGUGUAUCUUUAACAUGUAAUGAGUCCAUUGAUAAUGUUGAGUUGGCGGUAGAUGGUGAUGAGGUUCAUAGUCCUAUUGUAGCUAAAAAAAGAUGA